GUACCGCUUCUCCGCUCCGUGUUUAAUCACCCCAGUGGGAGGCCAAAGGGGGGGAAGUAAACAUUUUCCUACGAUAAACAUGCGAAGAGAUGCUCAAGAAGGGGUCGUUUAGACAAAGCCAUUUUUACGAGGAAAAGGACCCAACAGCAGCACCUUUUCUUCAGAGCAGGGAGAAAUUAAGCGGGGGUGAACAUGAGCAGUGACGUUUUAGCAUCGAGAAAGAGAUACCCGCAUGUGUACGCACCGAUGUACAGCAUCGCGUAUGCAACUGCUUUGUAGUUUGGGCCUCCCUCCCAGCGAGGAUAAGGCGUGUAACACCAGGGGGGACAAAAAAUGAACAUUCAGCGACGUUAGAAUGAGAUUUCCACUCAUUACCUUUAACAUUGUACUUACAAUUUUGACCCAACUUAUGAAAAACCUCGGAAUAGCCUUUUUGCAUACAUGUGGAGCAAAUAAGGUCGCAGAAAAGGCGUUCCACCAAAGGGGAUCUAAAAGAAGAUUUCAUUUUUUAACCACACAGAGUAGGUUUAAGGAGGGGUCCAAAUUAUUUAUGACAAAAAAAUUCAAGUACAAAUAUAAAAACUCCCUGGAAAGGAGGAUACGAAAGGGAAGAAUAAGAAAUGAAAUAAAUCAAAAGUUAAAAAAAAAACAUAGUGCCUACAUAAUGAUAACUGAAAAGUUAAGCAAAUUAGAUCCGGAGCAGAAGUACUUUAAGUACGAUAAAAAUAUAUUAAAGGAAUAUGAAAAUAUUAAAAAUAUUUACAAAAAUAGAAAGUUGGGACGUAAAUUUAACCAGUUUGAUUAUUGGUAUUCGUCUAAGAAGAAAGAGGCCAGGUAUAAUUAUAGUAGGCAUGUAAAUUUCACCAUCACGGAGAAUAAGUUUAAUUUUAAAAAUGUCUUUUCGUAUUUUCACAUACUAGAGGUUGUGCAUGAAAAAUUUAAAAACAACGCUUUUUACAUUAACGGGCUGCAGUCAUUUAUUAAUAAGUACUACGACCCGGUCACUCAGAAACGGAUUAAGUACUACGACAAAAUUAGGGAGCAACUAGAGAUGAGAAAGAAAAAUGGGGGGAAAAAAAGUGAAGCGGCCGAUCAAAAGGAGGGGGCUUCUGUGGAUGAUGGAGCUUCAGGGGAGUUAAAACAGAGUUGUGCACCGCCCUCGAGUGACUCAUCAGAAGAGGGGGUCAAAGAUGGUCAGCCUUUUCAAGAGGGUACACUAAAAAGUGAAGACAAAACGGAGUGCACCAAGGUGCAAGCGGAAAAGGACACUUCCACACUGAAAAAGGACACUUCCACAUCGAAAAGGGACGAUUUCACACCGAAAAAGGACACUUCCACACCGAAAAAGGAAUUCUUCGAGAUGAUCCAAAAGAACCUGAGCGAAUUUGAAUAUUCAAAUGAAGUAAGCGAAGAUUCGUCGUUUAAACUUUUCGGUUCGCCUACAAGUUGCCUUCUAAAGAAAAAUGGCCCAAUCGCCUAUGACAUAAAGAACCCCUUCAUGAAAUCGAAGAUGUCCUCAAAGAGGAGGAGGUUCAAGGAGAGGAAGCUCUUCGACAUUAUCAACUUUAAGUGCAAGAAUAAACAGGAACGGCUAAUGCAAACCGCGGUGCGGAAAUUAGCCAAGAGGAAAAUGAAGGAUGAGAAGUACAUUUUGGACCCAAUGGAGCCUGCCUAA